GAUUCCCAAGAUGGCGGCGCUGGCUGAGAGGGGGUACGCGCUGUCCUGCGGGCACCUCGGCCGCGGCACACGAGUCUCUGUCUUCCACGUCAAGCUGACUGAAUCGGCCCUGCGAGCCUUCGAGGCCUACCAGGGACGCAAGGAUUCUGUGGGUUUGAAGCCAUCAAUCCAGUUUCAAGGAAGCCAAGGGCACAUCUCAAUACCGAGACCAGACUGCCCAACAGGAGUUCGGACAUUUUCCUUUUAUCUCUCUAAUAUUGGCAAGGACAGCCCUCAGGGGAGUUUUGAUUGCAUCCAGCAGUAUGUGUCCAGCAAUGGGAACAUUCAGCUGGAUUGCCUUGGCAGCAUCCAGGACAAAAUCACUGUCUGUGCCACCGAUGAAUCCUACCAGAAGGCAAAACAGAGCAUGGCCCUGGUGGAAGAAGAGACACGGAGCCGGGGUGCCAUUGUCAUCAAGCCUGGAGGGCGCUACAUUGGAAAGACCGUUAAGAUGCGUAAGCCUGCACCAGGGAUUUCCGACACCGUUCCCUCACGGAUACGCCCAACACCUGUCAACCUCGCCAGCGCCAUCAAGAAGGGCAACAGUGCCGUCUCCCAGAGGCCUUUCAAAGAUAGAGUGAUGCACUUGCUGGCUCUCAAGCCUUACAAGAAACCAGAGCUCCUCCUUAGGUUGCAAAAAGAUGGCCUUUCUCCGCAAGAUAAGGAUUCCUUGGACAGCCUCUUGCAGCAGGUUGCAAAUGUGAAUGCCAAAGACAGCACAUGCACCCUGAAAGAUUAUCUUUACAAAGAAGUGCAGAAGGAUUGGCCCGGCUACUCAGAAGGAGACCAACAGUUGCUGAAGAGGAUCCUUUUCCGGAAACUCUGCCAGUCACAGAAUCCCAGCUGCGUCCCUGAGAAUUCUGCUCCCAGUCCUCCAAGAGACACCACAAACGUUUCCACCUCCCCUCCCCAGAAGCGACCCCAGCCCCUGGACUUCAUUGACCCCCUCGCCAACAAAAAGCCAAGGAUCUCUCACUGUGCCCAAAGGACUCAGCCCACUUUCAAUGGCAAACUCAACUCCGCCAACGGGAAGGAGACCUCUUUGCCCACCAUGUCGGCGGCUGAUUCAGUCAGCUCUAGCUCUCUUUUGCCCACUCUGGAGCUACCUAGGCCUCAUGACCCGCUUGCUGACGUCAGCAACGAUCUAAACCAUAACGGUAAAGACUUUGAAAUGGCGGAGCCGGCCGAAAGGCGGACAGCAAACCGGUCGGCCGCAGACCCUGCCCAGACAAGCAAACAAAACUGUGUGGUGCACUCAAAAUCCAGGAAGAAGAAACACAAGGAGCGAGAGAGGAAGGAGGAGCAGCAACAGGUCCACGAGAAGCCAAACUCUGAACUAAAGAAGGGUCGCUCCAAAAUGAGCCCCUCGCAAGACAGUGCAGGUUUAAACAGGACAUGCAACAGCUCCAGUGUUCCAUCUUCUACUUCAGGAAGGCCAGACUAUUUGUUAAAAUACGGUGCCAUCUCUUCCUCGGAGCAACGUCAGAGCUACAAGAACGAUUUCAACGCGGAGUACGGCGAGUAUCGUGACCUGCAUGCUCGUAUUGAGCGGAUCACCCGGCGGUUCAUGCAGCUGGAUUCAGAACUGAAACAGCUUUCUCAGGGCUCAGAAGAAUACAAGAUUAUCCAUGAUCAGAUCUUGCAAGAAUACCGAAAAAUUAAAAAGACUAAUCCAAAUUACAGCCAGGAGAAGAACCGCUGCGAAUAUCUCCACAACAAACUGGCCCAUAUCAAAAAACUGAUAGCUGAAUACGACCAACAGCAGUUCCAGUCUUGGCACUGAGCCUGGGGGCUGAGUGAGACACCCAGAUGGACGUCAACCUGUGAACAAGUCCCACAGCGAAGGAGAAGUCACUCUCAACUUCCUGGGCUCAGUGACUCAAGGAUUUAAUCCCCGUGAGAAGUCCAUCACUGUACUGUACACACCCAGGAACCAAUGUGGCUUAAUCUCAGCAUUUUAAACUCUGUCUCUUCCCAGAUAUUAAAAACAAACAAGUUAAAGAAAGGAAAGUUUGCUUAUUCUUAGAUGACAGGAAAUGAAUCUUCCUCCCUAAGAAUUGACUAUUCUUAUUCUCCCCACACACCUCCCAAUGCAGGUUCAUUUUAGAGUCGGAAACAAAGGGUUGUCUGAGCUCUGUUGCAAAUUCUACCAGCUGGGGGAGGGGUGGGUGGGAGAGCUCAUGUUCCUGGUGUGGGGGAACAACUCCAUAUACAAACCUGUCUGUCCGCUGUCCAUUAAAUUCUUGCAUAACUCACUGCUUUCUUGUUUGUAUUUCUGCAAUCUCCCCCUUCCUGGCCAGGAUUUAGUGAACCAAUUGGGAGCCGGAUGCUGCUUUAAUGUCCUUAGCAUGGCUGGCCAUUGUCAGAGGAGCUUGUUCAACUUGUCCUGCCUUCUCUAUGCAGCAGCUUAGUUUUAUGAAUUGCCGACUGCCCAGACAGAAUCUGUAUCUGGGCAUUAAUUUUAACAGAAGGGAAUCUUAGAAUUGAGGCUUCCCUGUUUCUGUGAUCAAGACGAAGAGUCCUGUUUCACUGUGAAUGAUCCUCAGAUCUUUCUGUGAUCUCAUUUGGUGGGAUCCUUAACCCUCCCCCUUAUGUGGAGGGGGGGGGAGGCAUUGCAAAUUGUGGGUCUGAGCUUCCCCUUUUUUUUAAACUGAACUUCUCCAAAGGGAACAGCACAAAAUCAAAAGUCAUAGUAGAGAGGCUGCUUCGUUUCUGAAGAAUAUGUACAAUUUGUUUUUGUUUCCCUCUUUUGCUCGUUUUGCCAGCCACAAAAAUCAAGAGUUCAGGCAGAGGAUCAAAAAGCACAAUUCUGCAUCUGCCCCCUUCCCUUCCCCCCCACCACCCCCAAUUUUAAUUUUGUGGGUGUGAUUUUCCUCUUCUACAUCUGCUGGAAUUAAAAGUGGAAGGAAUGCA